CAAACAGAAACAGCUUUAUUUGGCUGUUGAAAAACUACAAACAUGGCAGCAACUGCACUUUAACGGGAAUUGUAGUGUUUUUGUAAUCACGACAGCCAACGGGACAUUCCUGGAAGAAAGCGUAACAGAGUUGGGCAUCAAAGGUCAAAAGUUGUAACACGGAGGAAAGUGGGAAGCACGUCUGCCUCACAUUCUGCGAUCUGGGGUUCAAAUUUCACCUCUGGACCUUCCUGUAUAGAGUUUGCAUUUUCUCCCUGUGCUUUAAGUGGGUUGUCUCCAGCAGGAGGAGGGAUCAGGGCAGGAAGGGGACAUGGACUCACACCAACAAGGAUGAACUGAACCGGGGAACAUCUGUUGAAGCGCCCCUCUCGAUGCAACCAUGGCCUCGGCGUCGUCUGGCCCUGGCACCGCCGCUCUGGGCUCGCAGGUCCACGCGGCCGCCGUCAACGGCGAUAAGAACGCGCUGCUCAAACUCAUCACAGUAGAUCCAGUCCUCCGGGACCGCGAGGACCAGUUUGGCCGCACCCCUCUCAUGUACUGCGUGUUGGCCGAUCGCCUAGACUGCGCAGAGAUUCUGCUAAAGGCCGGAGCCUCGGUCAACAAGACCGACCACAGCCAGCGCACGGCCCUCCACCUUGCCGCACAGAAGGGAAAUGUUCGUUUCCUCAAGCUGCUGCUGUCGCGACACGCCAACUGGCUGCAGAAGGAUUUGGAAGAGAUGACCCCGCUGCACCUCGCCACGCGACACCCGUCCCCGAAAGCGCUGGCGUUGCUGCUCAAACACAUCGGACCCGGAGAAGUUGACACGCAGGACAAGAACAAGCAGACCGCCCUCCACUGGUCGGCGUUUUAUAACCGGCCGGAGCACGUCCGGCUCCUCAUCAAGCACGACUCCAACAUUGGCAUCCCCGACAGCGAGGGCAAGAUCCCCCUGCACUGGGCCGCGCACAGCCAGGAGGCCAGCGCCACGCAAACCGUCCGCUGUAUACUGGAAGCCGCUCCCACUGAGUCCCUGCUGAAUUGGCAGGACUAUGAAGGUCGGACACCUUUGCACUUUGCUGUCGCAGAUGGUAAUGAGGCAGUGGUGGAGGUGCUGACGUCCUACGAGGGUUGCAACGUGACAGCCUAUGACAACCUCUUCAGGACACCGCUGCACUGGGCCGCCCUGCUCGGCCACGCCAGAAUCGUCCACCUGCUGCUGGAGAGGAACACGUCGGGCACCAUCCCCUCAGACAGCCAGGGAGCGACACCUCUGCAUUACGGAGCUCAGAGCAACAAUGCAGAGACGGUGGGUGUGUUUCUUUCCCACCCGUCGGUGAAGGAUGAGCCCGACCUGGAGGGCAGGACGGCAUUCAUGUGGGCCGCUGGGAAGGGCAGCGAUGAUGUCAUCCGGACCAUGUUGGCCCUCACGCCUCACAUCGACAUCACAAUGGCCGACAAGUAUGGCGGCACCGCGCUGCAUGCGGCCUCCCUGUCAGGCCACGUGAGCACCGUCAAGCUGCUGCUGGAGAAAGGAGCCUUGGUGGACUCUCUGGAUGUGAUGAAACACACGCCGCUGUUCCGUGCCUGCGAGAUGGGACACAGGGACGUCAUCCUCACCCUGAUCAAAGGUACAGUAGGCUCCGCACGUGUGGACCUGGUGGACGUGGACGGUCACACUGCUUUGCACUGGGCGGCUCUGGGAGGAAACGCUGAGGUCUGCCAGAUCUUGAUGGAGAACGGCAUCAGCCCCAACGUACAGGACCAGGCAGGGCGAACCCCUCUGCAGUGUGCUGCUUAUGGCGGCUACAUCACCUGCAUGGCUGUUCUCAUGGAGAAACAAGCUGAUCCAAACAUACAGGACAAAGAGGGGAGGACCGCUCUCCACUGGUCGUGCAACAACGGCUACCUGGACGCCGUGAAGCUGCUGCUGGGCUACAGCGCCUUUCCUAACCACAUGGAGCACACAGAGGAGAGGUACACGCCGCUGGACUAUGCGCUGCUGGGCGGCCACAGCGAGGUGACGCAAUUCAUGCUGGAGCACGGCGCCCUGUCCAUCGCCGCCAUCCAGGACAUCGCCGCCGCCUCCAUCCAGGCCGUCUACAAGGGCUACACGGUCCGCAAGGCCUUCAGGGAGAGGAAGCAGCUCCUCAUGAGGCACGAGCAACUGCGCAAGGACGCCGCCAAGAAGCGGGAGGAGGAACUGCGGCGGAGAGAAGCCGUGCAGCACAUCUCUGCGCCCGCCGCCGAGGAACGACAAUCGUCCUUGGAGGCGGCUGAGCAGGAGAAGCUCUACUUGGUGGACCUGGUAGCAGAUUUAUCCGUGAAGGACUCGGUGGUGGAGAUAAAAAAACUGGCUAAACCUGAACGAAGGAGCAAAGAAACGAGACACAAAGUCCACCGGACCAGAUCCACAAGGGGCCAGGCUGCCGAGCCGCCUGACAGUCCGACGUGCCCCCCAAGCCACGUGCCAUGCGGCACGACUCCCGGUGUGAAGGACCCGCUCUCUCCGUGCGGCCAGGCGUCACCCAGAACUUCCUCCAGGCACAAAGUUAGCGAGCAAAAGCCGUCCUCCUUCACAAGCAGCCCUUCCACGGGCACCUCCGUCGCUGACCACACGGCCGCCGUACCUCUCCGGAAGACCGAUUCCCUGAAGCGCAGACACCACAAGCCCAAAGAUCACGUUCGAGGCAGCAGUUCCUUUUCGAAGUCCAGAACCCCUUCGAGGAAACAUCGCGACGCCGCCAACGCGCCCGCACGGGGGCGCGACAGAGAGCCUCGCGGGACGAAAGACGAGGCGGCCGCGGUCAUCCAGCGAGCGUGGCGGAGGCUCCUCGCGCGCAGAAACAGGGAAGCCGCGGAGUCGGGCCAUUCAAACCACGCCCAUAUCAGGAAGAGGCGAACAGAGACGCGGGGUCCUCCCGCGAAACCUGCAGCCAGUAAGACGUCGGUCCUGCAAAACAUUUACGGAGGUUCCGUGGCCAUUCGAGCACAUUCUUCAUCUCGAGCGUCUCAGCUGCUGUUGAACAGCCUGCCUUCGCGCACCCAAAGCCAACUGAGCGCUCUGGACCGCGUUCACCUGACCGACGCCGUGAAUCAAGCCAGGCAGUUCUCCUACCACCUGAGGCCGCAGAGCGCCGGGCAGGGUCGGGGCCACCGUGGGAAGUGUUGACGCCCGUGCGUGUGGCAGCCCAAGUAUUAUUAUUAUUAUUAUUAUUUUUUUUUUUUAAUGUUUUCUCAGCUUUCCGUGAAAUUACCGUGGACGUCUUUCGCUUCUAAAAUUAAGCCAUUACGACAUCAGAGCCAUGACUUCACGGGGCGGGGGUUAAGUCGACUGAAGCAUGUAAAAGAUAACCUUUCGUCCAUUGUGAGACAACACACGCAGCCCCCCCUCGCCCCCCUCCCUCCGCUUGGCUCUCACUCAGACACUGAGAUAACCUUUCUUGGUUUUUGCGGAGAAUGAGUCGGUCUAUCAACAGCAGCUCAUGAACUUUGCCCACCUGCAGACGCACACACACAUACGGGCACAAUGUAAAAAUGUCCAACGCGAACACGACGUAAAAAUCCAUCUGGUCGUCCAUAUGAAAGUAAAUGAGCCCAAUGUAAUGAUUGAUUUUAUUAAAAUCAAGAAAUGUUCACGGUUUGUAGUUGAAAUAUUUGUUUGAAGGGAAGUUGUGCCAGGCUGUCCUCUCCCCGUCAGUCGUUUUAGGAGUGGCUUCACAGUAAGUUGUUCGUCAGAAGCAGAGAGGUGGAAUUUGGAAGCGGUGUGACGGUCUGAGCGCUCCCCCGUGCUGAAAAGUCUCCUUGUGAUCAAUACGCAUGCGUAGCUAACAGGGGAACUCUGGGUACGUAGCAGACGCUUACUGGGAAAUCCCCCGGUCUCAUACUUCCCCUUCUUCUACAUAGAGGGAGCUAACAUACGUUAUAUCAUAACCAUAACUUAACCCUAAAACAAAAGUAUACACAUAUCUGUACGUUCGCUAUGUUCGUCUUUCCGAGACGUCCGUAGCGAACGUGAACACUCGGCAACAAGUUGUCGGAUGGCACACGUUGAAGCACGGAUGGAGAUGUUUCAGAUUGGCCAGAAGUCUACAAAUUAUACACGCAUGCGCGUUAAUCACAAGGAGACUUUUCAGCACGGGGGAGCGCUCAGACCGUCACACCGGUGCUGAAAAGUCUCCUUGCGAUUAACGCGCAUUACGGUAUCUGUCCAUUUACCUGCACACACUUUUGUUUUGUUUUUUUGGUCCAC